AUGUCUCUCAGCUCUAUCAAAGGUUUACUCUCCCACUACUCUCCAGUAUCCGAGUCAGACCCGGAGAAAGAAUUCCACUUCCCCCUUCGAAAUGGCUCGGAAGAUCUCGAGUCCGCCAGUGGGAGCGACACCGAUAAACCAGUCAGGCAAAAAGUGACUCAGAAGAAAGAGUCCAAACUCAUCGAUGGGAGAACGGUUUCGGAUGCUAUCAUCGGUCUUUCAGACGGCAUGACCGUGCCUUUUGCUCUCACGGCAGGCCUAUCAGCUCUGGGUGAUACGAAAGUGGUUGUCUUUGGAGGCUUCGCCGAGCUCAUUGCCGGUGCGAUAUCUAUGGGACUGGGCGGAUACCUGGGCGCGAAAAGCGAGGAGGAAUCCUACCGCGCAAAUCUCAAAGAGACCCAAACCGAGAUUGCUACAGAUCCUGCCACCGUGACAGACAACAUUUCCGAAAUCUUUGCUCCCUACGAUCUUCCCCCCGAACUCGUCACACAACUCACCAAUCAUCUCUCAACCUCUUCCAAGCUCCCGUCGUUUUUGAUGAACUUCCAUCACAUGCUCCCCGAGCCAUCCGACUCCCGUGCACUGGUUUGCGCUCUGACGAUCGCGCUGGGGUACUUCAUCGGCGGAUUCAUCCCCCUGUUGCCUUACUUUUUCGUCGGUCCACACGAGGCAUUCGUUGCGCUGCGCUGGUCCAUUGCCACCAUGGCUGUGGCAUUGUUUCUCUUCGGAUACGGCAAGACAUGUUUCGUGAGCGGGUGGAAGGGCAGGCAGAACAUACGGCGAGGAUUAAUUGGGGGGCUGCAGAUGGUGCUUGUGGGAGGUAUUGCGGCCGGGUCGGCUAUGGGGCUGGUCAAGGGAUUUCAAUUGCUUGCCUCAUCUGGUGAGGGAUCGGAGAGUUAG